AUGGACGGCGGGAGCCGAAACAAUCAUACCGUUCUCAAGCCUGAAGUCCCCGCGGCAACUUGCUUUGCAGCGCAGCACGAAGUAAUCCUACAGCAGACGGAAGCUUGCUUAUCAAGCUUGCAAGCACCUUCUUCGACUGUGACAACAGACGGGCGUGUUUUCGGACCUCUGAACACUCUGAAUGGCCUCCCGGCGCCCUCGUCGGCGGGUAAGCCCCAAAGUUCUACGCUUCUGAAGGAGGUCAUUGCAGGGCCCCGAAUGUCUCAGCGCGUGCGGGGCCAGACUCAAUGCUGUCAAACCCCGAAAUUUGACUGA